AGCAGUCCAUCGAAGACUUUUCGGAUCUUCACUUUGACAGCGACCAUGUGUUUAGCAAAGAUUUGAAUCUAGCCGCAAGGAGGGGGGCCCGUCAGAGCGACGCGCCGCAACUGUUUCACCCGUCUGAUUUAACUAGUCUACCACGCUCCAUGCAGUCUCCAGCAAUGCCUGGAAGCAUUCGUCGGCAAGUGUCAUCGCGCCCUUCCGUCCUGCCCGACCGUCCCAUGCGUAGGUCGCGAUCGUCGGCGGAGAUCCAAAGAUUCGUCGAGCCCGAUGACGACGAGGACUUUUCCGAUAUCUUAGGCCCUGGGGACAAGCUUACUCCCAAGGACGAGAGUGAUGGCGGGUCUGAAAAUGGGCUCAUGUUGGCUUCCAAACUAUCGGGUAGCUCCUGGCUAGGGGAUGACGAAGACGAGGAUGACCCGUUUGCAUCGAUGGACCCUGGGUGGGAUGAGCUUGAUCUCAAGGCCAAUAUCGCGCGAGAUCGUCACGCACGUCUGUGCGAGCGGGUGGAAGAGCUUGUGCGAUCCCUGAAGACGACAGAGAGCGAGGACAUCUUGUGCGACCUCUCGGAAGACUUGCUUGCUUUGCUGUGGGAGAAUCCGGAGGCGAAGAGCCUAAUAAUCACUGCUCAUGGACUCCUCCCCAUCCUCGAGAUCCUAGAGCCUUGCACCGUCAAGAGCCGGCAACACAUGAUCCUUCAGCUACUGAAAGUUGUUAAUGCUAUCAUUCUUGAUGAUGUUGAAAUUCAGGAGAAUCUGUGCUUCGUCGGUGGCAUCCCUAUCAUCACAAAGUUUGCCGCGCGACAAUACUCGAACGAGAUUCGUCUUGAGGCUGCCGCCUUCGUUCGACAGAUGUACCAGACCUCGACCUUGACGCUACAGAUGUUUGUCAGUGCCGGUGGUCUCAACGUUCUUGUUGAGUUUCUCUUUGAAGACUACGAUAGCGCCAGGGAUCUCGUGCUCAUCGGCGUCAAUGGUAUCUGGAAUGUGUUUGAGUUGCAGGGUCCCACACCGAAGAAUGAUUUCUGCCGCAUAUUUUCCAGAAGCAAGAUCCUGUACCCUCUUGCGCUCGUCCUCCACAGGGUUCUUGAUGAAGAAGGGGAGGAUGAACUAUCAGAACUGAUUGAGGGGCGCAUUGUGAACAUCUUCUAUCUAUUCUCCCAGGCCGAGAAUUACGUCAAAGAGGUUGUCGCGGACCGCCAAGUGCUGAAGAGUGCCCUCAAAGAUCUGCGGCGCAUGACGCCGGCUCAUCAAAUCACAAUGCUAAAGUUCAUCAAGAACCUUUCCAUGCUUUCUACUACGCUAGAAGUCUUGCAUUCUGCCGACGCGAUUGACUUCUUAAUCGACCUCCUCAGCUAUAGUAUGAAGAAGGGCCAUGCCCAGUUCCGUGAGAUAUCCAACCAAGUUUUGAACACUAUGUUCAACCUCUGCCGCCUCAGCAAAGAGCGCCAAGAAGAUGCCGCUGUAGGGGCGUGA